AUGAAACGACGCGGUCCGCCAAACAAGCACGCAGAGGCUGCAAAGGCCGCCAAACAGCAGCGGCUCGAGCCCAACAUAAGCCCGGGACCUCACGGUGCAGCUGAGACGCUCAUAUCGAUUUCCGGUGGCCAGGAUAUGCAACAGAUACUAGAUGCGGAGUCCAUUGCACCCUGGCCCGUCCUCACGUUGCUUAUCGACGACUUCUUUACAUACAUCCACCCGCUGACGCCGUUCCCUCACGAGCCCACCUUCCGCAUGUCCUUCACCGCGCGAGAGGACCGCACCAACAGGAACUUUCUGGCGCUGCUGGCCAGUAUGAUCGCAUGCUUGGUCGCGUCGUUUCCGAGGACCGCUCGACUGCACCUCAAAACGCAGCAAAACGCACUGCACAUGUAUCCGAAAGCCAUCACUCUAAUUGACCGAUGCCGGACCGUCGCCCUUGAGGCUCGAGGGACUUCUUUCUAUAGCAGGGAGGACAUCACGGUGUACGACGCCGCGACGAGCUACUUCCUUGGCCUCGCUGCGGCCUACACCAUGCAGUGGAAAAUGUGUCGGCGCUUCAUGGCCGAAUCUAUGGCCUUCAUCCGGGAAUUGGGCUACCACAAACCUCGGGAUAUGGGCUCCUCCAUGUUUGGAGUAACCUACCGUGGCCCCUCUUUCAACCACGUCGAAGACCAGUUGGGCAAGCGCAUCUUCUGGUGCAUAUUUCUCGGUCUACGUUCCAUGUACCAGCUCGGGACUCACCACAGCGACAUUGUGCUCCCUCCGCCGACCCCGAGCGAACCGUACCCACAAUUUCCCGUCGAGGUGGACGAUCAGUACAUCCUGCCCCACCAGAUUCUCGGGCAGCCCGAAGGGAUUGUCUCCCUUUUAACUGGUUUCAACCAGGGCAUCAAAAUCUACAUGACCAUGAACGGUCUCGUCAGCGUUGAGCUGUCCUACGGCAUCUCCACGCUGCCGUUCCACGACCAAAAGGUUAUGCUGGAGGAAUCACUUCAGGCUGUGAAGCAAAUGAUGGAGGGCCUGCCGCGAGAGUUGACAAUUGACCUUAACAGCGUACCAGGCAGUACUCGCAGCCAUGCCCUCCCAAACCUCACCCCAGCAUCUCAAACUAGCUUCCUCGACACCAGCAACAGCGGGCUACACUACUUCACCGGCUACCCAUCCAUGCAUCAACAGCAACCCGCCCACAACUUCCGCCACACAGCCAGCGCCCACCCAGGCCGCCGGCUCCUCCAGUUCGACAUCCAAAAAGCCAACAUCUACGCCUCCCAAUUAGCGACCCGCUCCUACUACGUCGAACGCUACCUGAACCUGCGCGACGCCCACCGCGAACACGCGCGUGCACAACAACAAAACGGACUCAACAACGCCGGUCCACCCGACCCAUCCACCGCCGGCGGCGCCGCAACCAAACCCCUCGCCGACCAGAUCGACCCCAUCGACGCGAGCAUGACGGCGGAGCGCGAGCUCAUCGUCCAGCACCUGCUAACCGUGCUGACGUCCAUCUCACAGCGCAGCAUGGAGCCCAACGGCGCGUCGCUGAUCAACAAGAUCCGCCAGGUCGCGAGCACAUUGGUGAACGAUGCGCCCGAGCGCAAGGGCCCUGUUGCGGUGAAGGCACAGGAGUCGCUGAGCAAGUUUGUCGAGAUCUUGAUGAGGCUCGAGCGGAUUCCGCCUGGCGGCGGGGGCGGUGAGGGCGGGGUGGUCAGUUUGGCGGCGGGGGAGGAUGAGGAGCAGGAGUUGAGGGUCUGGGCGGACUUGAGGGAGCAUCAGGUUCGGUUUUUACAGGGGGGUGGGUUUAUGGGUCUGCCUUGA